CCUUGCACAAGAAGGUCACGUCGCUCUGUUUCUAUCUCUGAACCUGUGGAGCCCCUCAGCAUUGGACCAAUUGUUUGGGAGAAGUAACCUGAGUGAGCUGGUAUCAUACAGUGAUGAUACAAACAUAUUCCAUGUUUUAACAUCAUGUUUUUUCAUAAGACAUAAAAUCAUAUUAAAAUAACUGCUGUUACAUACAUACUGUAUAACAGAAGUGGACGUAGCUUGUGAGUCUGAAAAGUGAAGGUAAUGAAGAAGUGCCUUAAAGCUGCAUUCUUUCUAGCUGCCAUCAGUGGCGACACUGGUUGAAAAAAGAUAUCUGAUUGUCUCUGAGAAAAUGACCCAACUUGAUUUAUUACCUCAGUAAAUAGUUUCUUGAUGAGUUUAUGAUCUUAAUCACUGCCAAAAUCAAGGCUUCAAAACGGUAUUCCACAAACCAAUGGGUGGCAUCACAGUGGCUACAUCCACUUCUUUUAUACAGUCUAUGAUUACCACACUUUGUAUCAUUCCUUAUUUCUAUUAUCGUUGUAGUGGUUGGGUUACUGAACAAUAGGGAUGGGAAUAGUAAGGACUGUACUGAUACCGAUAUUUAUACUGCAUCUCAAUACUGAUUCUAAUGAAUAUUCUUAUUGAUACCACUCAACCUAAUUUGGUAAAAAAAAAAAAAAAAAACACAUGACAUGAGAAGAUGUGAAAAGAUUAAAAAGUUAUUCUAUUUCUCAUUUGCAGAAAUAAUUGCAUUUCGCUACAUUUUCAUUAAAUUUAGUAAAGUGAGCCCACAAUUUCAAACAUUUUAUUGUCAGCUGUGUAUGUGACAUUACAUAGAUACUGAUAGCAGUUGUUUGUCCCGGAGCUUAUCUUUAUUUCAGUACUGAGCAAUCUGAAACAGGUUCCGGUUUAGUACCAGUUCUCGAUACCCAUUCCUAUUAAACCACAAUAAAAAAUAUAGGGUUUAUAAUAAAGGUGGAGGUACCUUAUUUACUUUUAUGUCCAGUAUAGCCCUGUGUGAUGUGAUGGUGAUUGGUUUUUUUUUUGUUGCAUUUGUUUAGAAUAGAUUUUCUUUGUUACUUGGGCUUCUAAGCAAUACUAUUGAUUAUAAUUUUGAUCCAAUUCCACAUUAUAGUAAUAACAGUGCAAAUAUAUCUCAAUGUCCGCCUCUCAUCCCUUGUCUUCAGCCAUAUCUCCACUUUCUUAGGCCUCUUCAGCAUUAUUCUUCACCUGUCCAAAAGAUGCUUUUUUCCCCCCACCAGCAUUCCACAGAGACUCUAUAUUCUGCCAAUGACGUGACACUCGUGUUCACUGCCUUCACUGGUUAGAUUAGGGACUAUACUCAUAACUCAGAGAGCCAUGAAGUUGUUCAGGCACAGGUCUUAAUUCUAAUGAUAGUUACUCUUGUUAGUUAGGGAACAGUUCUGACAUAUAUUUAAACGUAAAUAAAAAAAUUAUUAUAAGAUAAUUCAUCAAUUAACUAAUUAAGAAGCAGAGGAAAAAAGGAGUCUGGUUAAGGUUUAAUUAAUUAAAUCAAUAACCACUAACUAUUAGCCUACUGUUACCGAUUCCAUAGAGGUAAGGAAAGGGACCAGGUCAGGAGGAGUUUUAAAUUAGAAAUUAUUUCCAACUCUAAAGAAGUUUGGAUUGGUAAAGGUCACAGGCUGGUUAGGAUGAGACAAAUAAUGACCAUUCCUUUAUAUCUCCAAAGAGGAUUAGGAAAGAGGUAUAUGGCCCUGUGUUAUCAAUGUAUGGAUCAUAAAGGAAUGUUUGAAUUUGUGCAUUGACAUGGUUAGUUGACCUGAGAGGCCUUCACUGACCUUCACACUUUUCAUACUUUAUUUUAGGUGUCUGGAAGUAACAAUAAAAUGGCAAGCUUGUAACACAAACACAUUGUGUGCCGCCUGCCUGGUGCCAUGAUUAUUUGAGAUUCUUUAUGACGUGGGACAUACUCUAUAAAGCUGAGCGAAUGUAAUGUUACUUUAAGUUUUUGGUAUGAAUGUGUCCACAUGCUGUACCAAGAUCUCUGAUAUCAGAUUUGUGUUGUAAUAAACGUAUAUGCAAGCAAGAA